CCCUUUCUCCACCCCAACAGAUCUCUUUGAGUACAAGUUCAUCAACAGCCGGGUGGUGAACAGCACCUUCCUGCACAACAAGGAGGGCUGCCAGCUGGACUUCAGCGACGACAACAACGCCUACAUGAUCUACUUCGUCAGCUUCCUGGGCACCUUGGCCGUCCUCCCGGGGAACAUCGUCUCGGCCCUCCUGAUGGACAAGAUCGGCCGCCUGCGCAUGCUGGGUGGGCACCACGUCUACCAGAUGUCCUCAGCACCAGGGUCUAGAUGGUCUUCAAAGGUCCCUUCCGAUCCAAAUCAUUCUGCGAUGCCGCAGGACAGGGUUUUGGAUCUCAUCUAG